AUGCGGGCUCAAAAGUUACCCGCUGCCUUGCUACUGUUGCUAUUUGCAAUAGACUCAUUACACGCUAACAGGAGGAAACAGAAGGAGAAAAUAGUUCAAACAACCACAAAUAUUUGUGAUAUAAGCGACCGAGACUCAAAAGUACACUGCUACUGCGAAAACAGUCAGGAUAUAAACGAGGCAAUUAAAACAGAAUGCUGGGUAUUCAACGGCGGUAUAGACAAGACAGAUCCUUUAUGGCCAAGCUUUACUUCACAGUCAAAUAUAGAAACGUUAGCAUUUAACGUCAGAGCAGACGGAGGAUUGAGUUUCGUGCCAACAAAGGUGCUCAGAUAUUUGAGAAAGCUUAAGCAUUUCAGUAUUAAAUACAGCUCGAUUUUAAAAAUUGAGAGUUAUGCAUUCGUUAAUUUAACAUCAGUGCAGGAGAUGGUAUUGACAAAAAAUCAGAUAGUCGUUCUGAGUAAACAUGCUUUUUAUAAUUUACCCAACCUCACUGUUCUAACGUUAGACGAAAACAGAGUAAAAAAACUCGAAACAGAUACCUUUUACGAACUGCCUGUUUUACAGAAACUAUUUCUUACAAGUAACAAUAUAAGUGUCAUAGAAGACGGAGCAUUCCGACAUCUUGUAAAUUUAUUAGAGUUAGAGCUUGAUAGGAAUAAUAUAAGUGAUUUAAAAAAAGAGUGCUUCGAUGGACUCGCUAAUUUAAAACGUUUAGAUUUAAGGAGGAACAAAAUAGCUGUACUUAAUUCAUUUACAUUUAUUGAGCUAUGGAAUUUGCAAGAGCUAUUGUUAGACUAUAAUGAAAUUUAUAUAUUAGCUCAGAGAACAUUCGAUGGAUUAUCACAAUUGAAAAAAUUGAGUUUAAGUCAUAACAAAUUGGUUACAUUAACGGACGGAUUGUUCGAAGGAGUCAGGGGAUUAUCAGCUUUAGACAUAAGGUAUAAUAAAUUAAAACGAUUCACAAUGGAAAAUUUACGGCCAAUCUACGACAACUUGAAGACGCCAAAAAGUUUUAUCUACUUAGAAGGGAACGACUUCGACUGCGAUUGCCAUCUGGCGUGGAUGCACAAACUGCGACACGAAGCUAAAAGUGUCAAAGUUCGGAUGUCUUUAGAAAAUUUCAUUUGCAAAUUCAACGCUGAUCCAUCUUUAAGUUCACAUUUCGCUUAUUACGAACGUAUGGGUGUAAAUAAUAACUUGGAUGACACAGAAAAGAUUAGAAAUGAUUUGGAAGCACCAGAUGAAAUAGGUGACGAAAUAGAUGAUAUUUAUAUUGAAGAACCAAAGAAAAUAAGAGCAGAUAAUGAAAGGACGCUAUUACAAAUACCAGUCGAACUGCUGCCUUGUCCUGCUGAAGUAAAAAGUGUCACAGAUAGAACCUAUACUUACCCAUCUCAAAACGAAGCUAAAGAUUACAGGAAUUUGAUACAAUCUUCAUCAAUUUCAUCUGUUGACUAUACUAUUUUUGUGUUAUCAAUAUUUCUCUUAAUGUUCUAAAUAUUACUUUCAAAUUGUCUUACGAAAUACGACUCAGAAUAUAGGUCAGUUCUUAUUACAUUUCGAACCAACGUCGAAUCGUAAUGGCAUGUCAGCAUUUUACUUCAUCGCUAGACGAUUUAGGUCAUCAUUAGAACCAACUUGGGGUUUUGUUAAAAACAGUAACUAUUAAUUAUAUCAAAAGAUUGACUGAUUUAUGUGAUUUUGUCUAA